UCCUCACAGGACUCAUAUAGGAAACAGGUGGUGAUUGAUGGAGAGACGUGUCUGUUGGAUAUCCUGGAUACUGCAGGUCAGGAAGAGUACAGUGCAAUGAGAGACCAAUACAUGAGGACUGGAGAGGGUUUUCUCUGUGUCUUUGCCAUCAACAAUACCAAGUCUUUUGAGGACAUUCAUCAGUACAGGGAACAGAUUAAGAGGGUUAAAGACUCAGAUGAUGUGCCCAUGGUGCUUGUGGGUAAUAAAUGUGACUUACCAGCACGCACUGUGGACACAAGACAAGCCCAGGAACUCGCCCGCAGCUACGGUAUUCCCUACAUCGAAACCUCAGCCAAGACAAGACAG